UUGGCUUUCUGAGAAUUGACGUUGACAUUUGACAAGAUGCCACUAACGCCUCUCAUUUCGUAAAAAAGUGUUGAAAACCACAAACACAGGUCAGUUUUUGGGGAAGUCGACAAAGCAUUUAAAAAAUUUGUGUGUAACAACGUGUUUACAAACGAGUAAAAACGACGAUAUCGGCGACUACCACCGGACUUGGGUCUAUAAUGGCAGCCAGCGAUUCAGCAGGCGAUGAUUCUUUGUAUCCUAUUGCUGUUUUAAUCGAUGAACUCAAAAAUGAAGAUGUACAGCUUCGCCUUAAUUCAAUAAAAAAACUCUCCACUAUCGCCUUGGCACUGGGAGUAGAACGCACAAGAACAGAAUUGAUUCCUUUUUUAACGGAAACCAUAUAUGACGAAGAUGAAGUAUUAUUGGCAUUGGCUGAACAACUGGGAACAUUUAUAAAUCUAGUAGGGGGUCCUGAAAAUGCUUACUGUCUACUAUCACCUUUGGAGAGUUUGGCUACAGUUGAAGAAACUGUAGUCAGAGAUAAAGCUGUAGAGUCUCUAAGAGCUGUAGCCCAGCAACACAGUCCAGCUGACCUGGAGACUCAUUUUGUACCUCUAGUUCAAAGAUUGGCAGCGGGUGAUUGGUUUACUACCAGGACAUCAGCUUGUGGUUUAUUUUCAGUCUGUUAUCCCAGAGUCUCAGGAGUAGUAAAGGGUGAAUUACGAUCUCAUUUUAGAGCGCUAUGUCAAGAUGACACUCCAAUGGUUAGAAGAGCUGCGGCGACCAAACUUGGCGAAUUAGCUCAAGUGGUAGAAUUGGAAUAUUUGAAAUCUGAUCUAAUACCAAUGUUUGUAAAUUUAGCUCAAGACGAACAGGAUUCGGUUCGACUUCUCGCUGUAGAAGCCUGUGUUAGUAUCGCGACCCUUUUGCAACAAGAGGAUAUAGAACAACUAGUAAUGCCCACUCUUAGACAGUGCACUAGUGAUAAUUCUUGGAGAGUACGCUACAUGGUAGCAGACAAAUUUACGGAAAUACAAAAGGCUGUUGGACCGGAAAUCACAAGAACUGACUUGGUUAGUGCUUUCCAAAGUUUAUUAAAAGACACUGAGGCUGAAGUACGCGCUGCUGCGGCGAAUAAGGUGAAAGAUUUUUGUCAAAACUUGGAUAAGACUCAUCAAGAAAAUAUUAUAAUGGCUAAUAUAUUACCUUGUGUCAAGGAAUUAGUAGCAGAUCCCAAUCAACAUGUCAAAUCAGCAUUAGCAUCUGUCAUAAUGGGUUUAAGUCCAAUUCUUGGUAGACACAAUACUAUUGAGCACUUAUUACCUCUAUUUUUGACACAAUUAAAAGAUGAAUGUCCUGAGGUCAGACUUAACAUUAUAUCUAAUUUGGAUUGUGUAAAUGAGGUAAUUGGUAUUCAACAACUUUCUCAAUCACUUCUACCAGCAAUUGUAGAAUUAGCAGAAGAUUCAAAAUGGCGAGUACGAUCAGCCAUCAUAGAAUAUAUGCCUUUGUUAGCAGGUCAACUGGGAAGAGAAUUUUUUGAUGAAAAACUGAAUGCAUUAUGUAUGACUUGGUUAAUGGAUCAUGUAUUCGCUAUUAGGGAAGCUGCCACAUUGAAUUUAAGGAAGUUAGUGGAUCAGUUUGGAGCUGAAUGGGCAGAGACUACAAUUAUACCUAAAGUUUUGGCUAUGUCUAGGGAUCAAAAUUAUCUAUAUAGAAUGACGUGUUUGUUUUGCAUAAACGUUCUAGCAGAAGCAUGUGGGAGUGACAUAACAACCAAACUACUAUUACCUACAGUUCUCAGCAUGGCAAAUGACAAAGUAGCAAACGUCAGAUUCAAUGUUGCCAAAACUUUGCAACGAAUAGCUCCACAACUUGAUCAAUCUGUUAUACAACCGCAAGUUAAACCCGUAUUGGACAAACUGAACGUCGAUAAUGACGUGGACGUCAAAUAUUCAGCGUCCGAAGCAAUCAUGGGCAUUGCUGGUAAGGAUUUUAUCACGACAAAUUUUCAGAAAAUUUUGGAAUUCUAACAUAAAUGUCAUCCUUAAAUAAACUGUGGUUAAGUUUUUCUUUUACAAAAAUCAUCAAUAUUUUACUUUAUAUCAUAUGCUGAUCUCAAAAAUCACGGAUUUAACAUCAACAACUACUUUAAAUUGUGACUAUUUCAGCGGUUUGGCUCAUUUUAAUAUUAAAACUUCUAAAAAUUCACUUUAGAUUUUUAUAUUUCAGUAAUAACAAGAUUGCAUAAAUCAAGAAUAUAAUUUGUUAUAGAAUUUGGAAGGUCUGAAAAACAUAUAAAAUUAUUUGAAAAAUGAUAUUUGAGGUAGUAUGUUUUCCAAUUAAUAUAAAUUUUGUUGGAAAUUUGAAUUAUUAAAAUAAAAACUGCUAAUCAAACAUUUUAUAUUUAUUGAAUUAAAUAAUUAUGGUACUAGGAGUGAGGACAACAAAAAUCUUCUUAUUGAAGGUGAAGAAAACAUCAAAAAUCUUCAAUUUUCACUUUAUCACAAUAACUUGCACUUUUCAUAACGACUGUGUAACUGUCAUUUUUUCUGUAUUUAUGAAUUAUAUAAUUUCAUAAUGAAGGAUUAAAUGAAAUUUAAGACUAGAUUUUCAAAAAAUAUACAUAUAUAUACCAAACUAAGAAGUAAUUGUGUAAUAAGGAAGUUUCAAAAGCUUUACUAUAAUUAUAUCAAUGCUAUUCCAUUAUUUGCAAAAGUAAUUCCGAAUAUAUGGGACUCUUUUCAGUAUGUCUUUUAACUUAUCCCAUAGUGCUAUGUAUUCUAGAAAGAACUUCUACCUCCCUGAUGUCGUCACUACGUGGUCUCAUUAUUCUUUUCUUAGUGGAGUAAUGCCUGUCCUUCCAUUUUCUUGGUGUACUACUAUGCAGUUCUUCAAUUUGACGGCUUACCUUAAUUACUUUUGUAUUUAUGUCUAUGUAUAACUGUCCUUAUUCCUCUUCACUACUGGACAGUGUCCAGUUAUUUUCUCUGCAGUAGUAUACUUGAAAAUAGUUGAAUACUUAUCUCAGUUCUGCCAAGCUAUUCGAAUCGACUUGUGAUCAUGUUUCUCUCUACAUAUUUUCUUCUUAAAAUUAUUCAUGUUCUCGAUUUUCUGUUUUAUACCUAGUCUUUUCUCAUAUUCAUGGUAUGUUGUAAUCUUAUCACUUCUAUUGUUGAAUGGUUAGUAUUUACAACCAAUAUUGUCUGCAUAAAAAGCCAACAUAAUACUAUCUUCCAUUGGGAUAUUUCUUGUAUAGAUGUUGAGGACCAGUGAGAGAACUUCUCUUUGUAGUACUUCAGCCUCUAAUUUUCUUAGGUCGGAUUUAACGUUGUAUUGAUGGGUUUUAUCGAUAACACUAUAUAUUUGGUGUAGUUAAGAGUCUGCAGGUGAGUUUAUUACUCGAUCCUUUAUUAUAUAUUGUAUUAUGACUUAUUUUGCCUUAAUUUUUUUUAUAUAAAGCAUCUUUUUGGUAGAAAUAUACAUGGAAUUUGAUUAAUGACAUGGGUUUUCAUUACAUUUAGUAUUGUACUGAUUUUCAAAAAUGUAAAUGAAAAUUAAGGACUAGAUCCUAUAUUUUUACAUGACAUAGCCAACAUUUUUAUAAAGACCAUAUUCCUAACUUUUGAACAGAUUUGUUUUAAUAAUUUUUGGUUUGGAUAAAACCUUUUGUAUUCUAUUUUUUUGCAGCUUUAGGUUGAACAAGAAAAUUUUAAGAAGAGCAUCUACCUAUGAGAAUAAGAAUAACAAAAAUUUAUUCAGAUAAGAAAGUGAAAAAAUUGGAAUUAUUAUACAUAUUAAUAUAAUUAAUCUUAAAUAGACUGUAAUAUCACAAUUGUUGUGCUCGUUUAUUUCAAUAAAAAACAAGUGUAAUAUAGAGUUUAGCAGUUUAGAAAAUCAUUGUUUAUGGGCCAGUUUGUCUACUACAGAGUACGUUUUGUUAAGCUUUUUCUUGCUUGAUUCUCUUCAAUAUUAAUUUGUCUUUUUUUAUUUAAAAUAUUGACAGUAUUAUAUCGGUACCUCCGUUCAAAAGUAAAAUAAUUAAAUGAAAAUUAAAAUUUUAAAACAAACACUAAAUUUGAUUGUGGGCAUCAGGAACUUCUGAGACGUUUAGUCAUGAGAUAAAGAGCAUAAAGACAGUAAAACUUAUCUUUUAAAUCAAAAGUAUCCAGUUUCAUUUCUUUGGAACAUGUAGAAACCUACAUUUGUCGAAAAUUUAGUGAAACUAUACUAUACUAAUUUUUUAAAAUUAUACCUUAUAUACCUUUCGCUUAUAAAAAUUUAUUUCACUAGCAGAAAGGCUAUUGAUGUAAAAUAAAUAUGACAAUCAUUUUUUACUGUCUAACACAAUUUUUAUUAUCUAACAGAAUAUGUAGAUCUGAAAAUAGGUAUUUUUCUUUAAAACUUUCAGUUUUAUUUGCUACUUUAUAUACUGACUAUUUCAAAAGAAUUCAUUUUACUAGUGAAAACUGAUUCACUCAGGAAAUAAAAGAAUCAUUUUUGUUUGAAGAGUUAUAUUCAAAUAAAAGUGAAUUUGAUGAUUAUUUAGAACUUAUUGUGGUAUUUUAAUGCUUUGAAAUCAUCGAAUAAUAGAAUAGGGAAGGUACUGAUCACACUGUUUACUUCCAAUACACAAAAAUCAAAACUGUAUGAUCAUAGGUCGUAGGUUUAUAUUUGGCUUGAAGCAUCAGACAGUAGUAAACAGGAUGUUUAGUCUGAAUAUAACCAAUGGUUCUAGAAUUUUCAAUUUGACUAUGGAAGAUUCACUAUAGUCUAAAGAUAUAAUUUUUUUCGACAGCUUGUAAACACAAAGUAUUUACAUUCUACUUCAAUAGAACUAGUACAAACAAUUAUUUUUCCAUUUUAGUCAUAUACGAAUCCAUAGCAUUAUGUAGGCUAUUGUAUCUACUGAUUAUAAUACAUUUCUCCAAACAAUAAAUUUCUGUUGAUCUCAUUUAUUCUUUGGGUGAGUAAAUUUCGGGAGAAACUAAAGGGUGGUUAUCAGUGUGAUAUAAUUUAGUCAAUAAGUGAUUUAAAAAUUUUAGAAUUAAGUUUUCAUUUUGCGAGGUUUGAGUUGAAUUUAAGAUACUUAAUUUAAGUUGUUUCUAGAUUGACACCUCAUAACUUUUAUUUUACUGCAGUUUACAACAACUAAUUCAUUAUCUUACCGAAGUAAACGUAAAUCAGUACAUGGGAUUAUCUCAAAGAAGUUAGCUUGAUGGUUUAGAAACAUAUUGGAUUGGUGACAAAGUAAUUUCGGUUUUGUAGUAUAAAAUAAAACACUUUUUUAACAAAGAGUAGUUUUUAAUCAAUUAUAUAUUUUUCAUUUUGCUCAAUUACCUUUUGCCACCUUUCUUUCAGCUUCAUGAUUCGGCGCUUAUAAAAUUUCUGGUGCAUUAUAAGAAAAAAACUGAACUUCGAAAUAAAUGGUAAUCAAUCGUGCCAAAUCAGGGCUGUAUGAGGGAUGUGGCAUUACCUCCCAUCCAAAGUCCAAUAGUUUACUACGAGUUGCCAAAGAUGUGUGAGGCUUUGAACUAUGUUACUUUAAACAAUCCAUCUUCAAGAAAUGGUCGAUUUUAUUUCGUUUAAGGUGCAUAUCCCAAAUGUUGAUUCUUUGUGUUAAAUGAAUUUCUUUCAAUUUGUAAAGUACCCAAUGUCAAGCUUUUUAACUAGUUCAAGUCAAUGUGUUUUACAUUUAUUGUGUGCUAUAUUUAGUUACCAACCUUAUAAAUUUGUGAAAAAGUUAUUAAAAAGAAAUAAUCAUUUUUAACAAGACAAUUAUAUAUUCACAAACAGCAUCCUAGAUGGAAUUUAAUUACAAAUUUUAAAUGAUUGCAAUAAUAAUUCUAAAAUUUAUUAUUAUACACGUUGAAUUUUUCUCAAUUUCUCAAAAUUUCUUUACUUAAAAAACAAUUUAAAAGACAGUUAGUUGUUCAAAAGAUGUUUCUUCGCAUCCUUGUGAAAUACUAUAUUGUCAUACAUUUGAAUAAUACGAAGCGCAAACAGUAUAUAAAUUCAAACAUCUAUUUACUUAUGCAAAAAGAAGAAGAGAGUGUACACGUAGAAAAUAGCUAGAUGCAUGGAAGAUUUACAGAAGUUAGGGAUAGCGUACUAUAAGACCUCCGGGCUGUUUUACUCAUUUUAAAGUUUGGUGAAGUUUACGCCAAAUAACUAUCUAAAAAACUCUGAAUAUCACGUGAUUUGUUGUCCUUAAGAAGGACAGAUGAGUUUGAAAAGUAUCAGAAAAUUUCAAUACUAUAGUAGAUAUAAAAACCCAAAUUUUAUAUUCAGGAUAUAGCUCUUCAAAUAAAAUUGUAUUUGUUUAUAUGACAAAAAAAACUAAAUACUUCGCUUGUCAUAAUUUUUUUCACUAUAAAAUAACUUGUAGUUGCUGGGCAACCUUUUACAAUUUUUUGGCCAAUAAAUUACUUGGUGAAAGUAUAUAAUGAUUCAGUGAAAUCUAAGAAUUUACAUCAGGAAACUUAGGAAACUAUUAAAACAAGAAGUUCGAGAAAUAAUAUUAAACAGUCUUAAAAUUUAAUCUGAAUUUAGAAGAAUUUUUAUUAUAUAUUAAUGAUGUUAGCAUAAAAUACUUAACAAAAAUUAAAUGUUUACAGACUGGCCUGUUUGUUGUAUGUCAAUCUCGAAGUUUAAUUUGUUUUAUAUACUUAUCCAUGUUAAAUAAUGAGAUUGAUAUUACAUUCUGAAAGGAGGACUCGAAAUAUUACUUGAUUUUAUGUUUUUAUACAAUAAGAUUGUUUUUGUAUUAUAAGUAGUACUUUAUAAAAAAUAAAUUUAGUAUAUUA